UCAAAGAUGGCGAGCAGGCGGCCACGACGUGACACACCCUCGGCCUACGCGAGACGCCCUUCCCUCACUGGCGAGGCAGAGUCGUCAGGGGCAGCCGCCGCAGGACGCCGCAGGAGGGGGAGGCCUUCCACGACGAGUACCAGCCAGGGGCGUAGGAGGCCGCGGAGUCCCACCCCAGACCCCGUGGCUCCGACGCUGGAGGAGGAGUACCAGGAGGACGAGGACCAGGACGAGGACCAGGUCGAGGGCCAGGACGAGGGCCAUGACGAGGAGCACGGCGCGGCGCCCGAGGACGAGGGAGGCGCGACGUCGGGUGUCUACCAGCGAGGUCCCGCGAAGCUCCCUCCAUACCCACUACCUCAGAGUCGGGCACUGCUUCGCCCUGUACCGCCCAAGUCUUGGGAUCUGGUGUCGGGUACUCCCGUGCGCGCUCCCUCGACCAUCCUGGGUACCCUGUGCCGGAAGUACUUCCCCGGCCUCAGGUACUUCAGGGUGGAGGACGAAGACGUGGCCCUGGCUGAGUCUGUGGCGCACGCCUCCUGUAGGAAGUAUGUCACCGACAUGCACCACGAGGCGCGCGUCCAGGCAGUGAUAGACUUCUACGCGUCGGCGUGUAGUAUGACUAUCACGAAGGCUCAGGCGCGGACGAUGACGAUGACCCAGAAGCAGUACCUGGAGGUAGAUGAAUAA